AUGUAUUGUGUGAUUACGCUGAUCUUUCUCACCUCUGUGCAUCUCACAGCUGGUCAACCCAGUGCACAAUUUGGCGACGGGGAUGACCUGAAAUGGGCAAAAUUGGGAGACGAUCUCGUGUCUCUUAUCAAUACAUGGCAAGAACGCCAGAUGUCACUUCGCAAGCGAUUGGACUUGCUGUCGGAUAAAACACAGCGCGGCGGAAACGACAAAUACAUACUCAAAAAGGAAGUAGAUUCCUUUUUACGGUCGUUGUCAAAACGCAAGAUUCACCGCAAGAAAGGAUGGGGAUGGUUGGCGGAGGCGGCUGGUGACGUCACAGAUGCAUUCAUUGAUAUUGGUGAAGUGGUUGCUGAACAUUUCAAUGAGGUACUGUACCAGGAACCAAUACGCACGUUGGCAGAGGUGGCAGAUGACAUCAUCGAUUUUUUCGAUAAUGUGUAUGUUGACUUGUGGUAUUUUAUGACUGAUAUCUACGAUGAUUUAAAGUACUGUUUCUACAACGCUGUGGACUGUCUUAACAAUGCCUUUGAAAAUAUCAUAGAACCCGUGAUGGAGCUUAUGAAAAAUGAAGUGUUUGAAUUACUGGCCAACGGAUUUGGAGUCGGAGGUCCAAUUGCUGUUUGGCAAGGUAUGGCGCAUCAAGUUCGGAUCGGCAAUGAAAAUAAGUGUCUUGGUUACCAUGGUGAUGGUAACGGUUCUUACUCGCUUGGAGUUGAAGAAUGUUUUGAUCCAAGUUCUUCUCUAAAAUCAAAUUAUUCGCAGGAUUUUAUCUUGACGCCAUGUGACAAUUGCCAUGACACCAGGAUUAGUUUCUUGAACUUGAUAGAUGUGCAACUACGCAUGUGUAAUGUUGGAGAUUUCACAACAGGUCGUGAUUGGAUGAUAAUGGUAGAGGUGUCGAGUAUUGGACAUGUUAUUUUCCGUGGAUUGGUAGCCAAAGAAUACGGUAACACGGCAACCUUCAGCGCCGAGGUCACGAGUGGUAUCUUCCCAAUUGCUAUCUUUACACGAACUGUUAAAAUAGAAGGACAUGUCAAACUGUGGGUAGAUGGUGGCGUUUAUUUCGUCAUAGAGUCAGCUGUAACUAAUCCGUCCGUUCCGUUUCUCGACGCCAUCUUGUCUGCGUUUGAAAUGUCCUUUAUCGUUUCUACAGUCGACGUACUGGAUAUCAACACAAAUACGGGAGGGUUCCAAAACUAUUAUUCAGAAACCACAUAUGUUGACGGAACCACAGUACAGCAACUGUCUUUAUCAGUUAUCACUGGAAUUAAGGAAAUAUAA